AUGAUAUCUGACAACCCCUCGCUCGCCGUCACGAGCCUUUCUGCCGGCUCGAGCGGCGGGUCCAAGGAGCUGAUGACGCUCGUGACAGUCCCCUCGGCGUCUCAUAUCACUGCUGCUACAGCCUGCGGCGAUGCUACAGCCGACGGUUACUACUAUACAGCUGGACAUGCUACAGCUGCUGGCACAACCACUGCCGUCGGUGGUAUGGUUGAACCCGCAUCCGCGUUCGAGGAACCGCCGGUCUCGCGUCAGCGGAGGGAAACGGAGGAGCUGUUGUUGGCCGUCAACUCGAGCGUGCUGCUGCGGAUUCUCUCUGACGUCAGCCUUUCUGCGGAGGACCUCGCGCGCCUCGAGCUCGUGUGCGGGUUCUUCCGCCGCCCCGCGCAUCUGACCCCGCACCCGCGCCUCUCGCUGGCGGAAGUGGCGGCGCACGACCGCUGCCAGCAGCACUCCCUGCGCUUCCGCAUGCUGCCGCCCGCGCAGCAGCGCCUGCUCUGGGCGCGCUGCGGACGUUCGUGGAAGCUUCUGCUGCGCUUCCUCAUCACCAGCGACAGCUGCAUCAGGCACGGCCAGCCACAGGUGGCGGCGGGGUGUGCGCACAGUGUCGCGGUGGGGCGCGGUGGAGAGGUGUGGACGUUCGGGCAUGGUUCGGCAGGGCAGCUGGGGAGACCCCUGGCUUCUGCUAGCAGUGCUGCUGCUGCUGCUGCUGCUGCUGGUGCGGGUGCUGGCGGUUUCGGUGCUGCUGGUGCUGGUGGUGCUGCUGCUGGUGGCGGUUAUGCCAGUUUUGCCGCUGCCGCUGCUGCUGCUGCCGUUGGUGGUUUUGCUGGGCUUGCAAACGAUGUGACAACCACUCUGGCCACCACUGCAACGGGGGCUGUGACCGUGACUUUAAGGAGCGGGAUUGAAAGGGGGGUGGCGGGGAGCGGUGAUGCGUCCGCGGAACCUUCCUGGAAGCCACAGAUUGUUAGGUCGCUGCUAGGGGUGCGCGUGGUGCAGGCAGCAGCAGGCAGGGCGAGGACAAUGCUAGUCUCAGACACAGGCUCGGUGUAUCACUUCGGCAGGGACUGCUUCGGCGACCAGGAAUACUCCCUCACCUCCCCCGAGCCUGUCACCGAGCCUCGGCUCGUGGAGUCGCUUCGGCAGAUUCAAGUCGUCCAGGUCGCCCUCGGGAAUUUCUUCACAGCAGUGCUUUCAGCGGAAGGCCGCGUCUUCACUCUCUCUUGGGAUGUUGCAGGUAGUGGUGGUGCUGGUGCUGGUAGUGCUGGCUGUGGCGGCUGCAACUGUAUUGAAACGCGUAGGGAGACGGAUAAAAUGGGGGAUGAAGGGGAAGAGGAGGAAGAAGAAGUGGAAGAGGAGGAGGAGGAGGGUGGGAUAGUGUCGCUUCCAGUGGUGCAGAUAGCAGGAGGACACUGCUACCUGCUGGGAUUGACUUGUGCCACGGAGCCUCAUGGCAGGUCUGUCUGGUCCAUAGGCUGUGGGCUGGGUGGCAAGCUGGGCCACGGCACAAAGUACGAUGAACGCCGGCCGAAAGAGAUCGCGCACUUUAAAGCCCUAGAGUUCGCCCCCACAGCCGUUGCUGCGGGCGCGUGGCACGCUGCUGCUGUUGCUGCUGAUGGGAGAGUCGCCACGUGGGGGUGGGGCAGGCAUGGGUGUCUAGGACAUGGGAAGGACCAGUGUGAAACGCUGCCCAGGGUUAUUGAAAGCUUGUGUAAAAAGGAGGAGGAGGAUAUGAACAGUGGGGUGAAUGGGGGUGGUGGUGUUGGCGCUGGUGCUACUGAUGCUGCUGGUUCUGGUGGUGCUGCCUCUGCUUCUGCUUCUGCUGCUUCUCCCUCUGCUGCUGCUGCUUCUCCCUCUGCUUCUGCUGCUUCUCCGUCUGCUGCUGCUGCUUCUACAUCCGCUGCUGCUGUUUCUCCAUCUGGAUCAGAGGCAGCUGCCAGCAGGGAUGAACCGCACGGGUCACGUGGCAAGCUCCGUCCAGCCGUUAAAGCCUGCCACGUGGCAGCAGGGGAUUACACGACGUUUGUGGUGGGGGAGGGCGGUGAGGUGUGGUCGUUUGGGAGCGCGGAGAGCGCGUGUCUGGGGCAUGGCGGCGGGUGGGAGAGGGAGGAGGAGGAGGAAGGGGAGGAGAUCGACGAUGCUGAUCUGCAUGACAUUGUGAGCAACUUCGCUAGCAUCUCCCCUUAUAUUUUAUUCCGCCAGAAACAACAAGCUCUCCAUCAGCCAGUCGAGAUGGUACAACCCACGGGAAAAUUCUUCCCGUUGCUCGUUUUCCUCUCCCUCGUCUGCAUCUCACCGCUCCCUCUCUCAUCCGCUGGUGCGCCGCGCAUCGCGCGCACGCCCCGCGCACACGAAGAGCACCGCCGUCAGCGCCAGCUGGACGAAAUCGUCGGCCGUGGCGCGCGCCCGCGUGUGCACACGUCAGAAGACUCAAGCGCUCCAAUCACAUACGGAGGAGGGCCCGUGAUGACCGGAAACCCGGCCAUCAAGGUGUACAUUAUUUACUACGGCAGCUGGCCGGCAGGAUCGGGGCAGAAAAUAAUCGAGAAUUUUAUCCGGUCGCUGAGCGCGGAUUCGCAGCGGCAGGGGGGUCCCGCGGAUCCCAAGGUGAAGCGCUGGUGGGCGAUCAGCGCGGCGUACACGCAGGAUGAGGAGGAUGGCACCAAGAAGAACGUCAGCAGCAAGGUGCGCCUCGCCAGGACUGUCUAUGACGACUACUCGGCAGGAACGGAUUUUGGCAACGACACGGUUUGGGAAGGUACGCGCACAGUAGAACCAUUUUACAGCCUUUUCCAGCAUGAUGAUAUAUUUCUGCCGCUGAUCAACUAUGCACUGGCGUAA